AUUGACGUCAUUGGUUCUCUAAAGGGAAAAAGAAGGUGUGGGAUUCUGCCGAUCGUGUCUUCAAGACCGACUGAUCGGAUUGUUGUUCUGGUUUAUGUUUUCAAUCUGAGGGGCAUUCUAUCAUUUAAAGCAGUUGUUCGUGGAAACAAGUGAUCCGGGAUGGCGGAACCAAACGCCAGAUAUCAGCAGCUGACCAAUGAGGAGGAGUCAGAGCAAGUUCCACAGCAGGCAGCAGCCGAUGCCCCGCCCCCAUACAGUUGCGUUUCUGCAGAAAAUGCUGCUUACUUUGACCUCAAGGACGACGGAGCCUUCCCCAAGCCCCCCUCCUACAACGUGGCCACAACGCUGCCAUCCUACGAUGAGGCGGAACGGACCAAGGCUGAGUCGACAGCCGUUCCCGUGCCACUCACGCAGCACAGGGAGUGUCUGGAGACGAUCGAUGAUGUCAUUCGCAGUUCGCUGGAGGAUGAGGACUUUGGGACCAGGGAGGACAUAGAGGACAGCGACCAGCUCAGGAUAGGAAACGACGGCAUCUUCAUGUUGACCUUCUUCAUGGCACUGCUGUUCAAUUGGAUCGGGUUCUUCCUGUCCUUCUGCCUGACCUCCUCUGCUGCCGGCCGCUACGGGGCCAUCUCAGGCUUUGGCUUGUCACUCGUCAAAUGGAUCCUCAUUGUUCGGUUCUCAAGCUACUUCCCCAGUUACUUUGACGGCCAGUACUGGCUGUGGUGGGUCUUCCUGGUGCUGGGGUUCCUGCUCUUCCUCAGAGGCUUCAUCAACUACGCACGCGUCCGCAAGAUGGCCGACUCCUUCACCACGCUACCCCGAACCCGCGUCCUCUUCAUCUACUGAGAAUCCCUUCUCUUCAUCUUCUUCGUGUCUCUGGCCUGUCUUUGAUUUAUUAUCAUGAAUGACGUAACUUCAUCAAACACACGGCUGUAACAUCUAGUUUGAUCCUUUCUUUUCGCCAUGUGAUUCUCUGGAAAAUACGUGUGUGUGUGUGUGUGUGUGUGUGUGUGUGUGUGUGUGUGUGUGUGUGUGUGUGUGUGUGUGUGUGUGUGUGUGUGUGUGUGUGUGUGUGUGUGUGUGUGUGUGUGUGUGUGUGUGUGUGUGUGUGUGUGUGUGUGUGUGGGGUCUAAAUAAUGCCUUAUCUCUACUAUAUUGUAUAUAGCUACAUGUAAAUGUCUGUAGAGACGCAUGUACUGCUCCUCUGCACCAGAGGGCAGUCUUGUUGCGUGUUUGCCCCUAUAGUGCUUGUUAAAGACCCGGUCUUUGAUGACUCUCGGCCUCUGGACCAACACAUUGGAGGGCUAGGUGUAUUAGUUAAGGGUACUAAGUAAUAUAUUCCAUAUACAUGAAGUUACUGUACUUUCAUUGAUAUUUAGGAGUGAUAGUUGAUUGCGGGAUGUUUCCACUGUGGCCCUGGUAUACCAAACAGCUGAGAGCAUUAGCAGAUGUUUGCAGCUGAGCUGUGUCACCUCAAAGCAGCUAUCGAUUCAUUUACAGAACCUAUUCCAUCACGGUGGAAGACCCAGAAAAUCGUUUUUUUCUUUUGUUGUAUUUUCAAACUAAUAGUCACGCAAGCAAAGUUAUCCAAAUAUAAGUGAUACAUAAUCAAACUAGAAGAGAUCUAUAAGAUUUGUGUUGUGGUGGACUGGAGUAGAAAAGAACUUCCCAGGAUCUGUUUCUGUUAUAUAUGCUUUUUCUUUUGAGUUUCCAGUGAAUCCCGUGGUGGAAUCAAAAUGGUGGUUUUAGGUCACUAUUUGAGAGAGCGUCACUGGCAAUGAAGAACGGCAAACACUGAAAAGCUUUUAUUUUCUUCUCAUGGUGUAUUGAUAAAUGAAUAAAUUCACAAUUUCAAUGAUGAAA